ACAGGUGAGGAACGGAGAAUAGGAUGGAGGGAGAUGGGACAGAAACGGUGGGAGAUGUGAGUGAAAUUGAAGAUAGUGGGGCUAUGGCACAAACUGUUGGUGCAGAAGGGAUGAAAGGUGUGAGUAAAAUGAAAGGUAAUAGGGAUGCAAUGGCACAAACUAUUGAUAGUGUAGGUGUGAGCCAAACAAAAAAUAAUGGGGAUGCCAUGACACAGGCGAUUGAUAGUAUAGAUGGUAAAAAGGUGCGUGAAAUGAAAAACGAUAAGAUGAGCGUAAAUAUUGAAGUAAAAGAGGAAGGGAUGCAAGUAAAGAGGAUGAGAAUGGCAAAUAUGGAAGGUAUUGUGAGAGAUGGAAUGAAAGUGACGGAUGGGACAGUAGCAAGAAUGAAUAAUGUAAAAGGGAUGAAUGUGCUGGGUAUGAUUGAAAAAGGUAACGGUAUGAAAGAUAAGAAAAUAGAAAAUAGCGAUGAUAUUGAUGUAGGAGCCAACCAAAUAGGAUUAUUAGAGAAAGAAGGGGUAGUGAAAUUGGCAACACCAGAAACAGUUGCAGAAGAGAAAACACCGAUAGAGGUCAAAGCAGAGGCUAUAAACACUGAUACUGAUAUAAAACACGUAAACUUAGAACAAGCAGGGAUAGAAAGAUUAGCAAAAAUGGAGCGAUUAGCAGAAAACGAACGGCAAUCAAAGAUAAAACGAAGAGAAGAGUUAGAUCGCGUGGCAAGAUUGCAACGUAUACUGGCGCUUGUACGUGCGCCAGAAUUGGACAGUGUAGCUAAGAUAAAACAAAUUAAUUUGGAGCAUGAGAAAGAGAUAAAACGUGACGGAGAUAUCAAUGUUUUAAAAGAGUUGGGUGUAAAUACAGAGAUAAAUCCAAUUAUAGAUCAUUUGAGUAUUGAUGACAAACAACUAACCAAAGUCAGAACAGUGGUAGAUAAGGCACAUACAAAUAAGCAACAAAAAGAAUAUGAAGGAAUAGAAAAGUUGGAGCGUAUGUCGAAAGAGGAACGCAUUUUAGAGAUAGACCGUUUAAUGAAUUUAGAGCUUGAGGCGGAAGCGAAACGGAAAGCAGACAUUGAACAUGCAGCAAAAUUAGGACGAGAGGCUGAAUUAGAACGCGAGACUAAAAUGAAAUAUUUAAGAGAGUUAGAUCUUAAAGCAGAGUUGGACCAGGCAGAGAAAAAACGUUUGGCAGAAAUAGAGCGUCAAAAAGUGAUGGAACGAAAGGAAGAAUUAGAUCGUAUAGCUAAGUUGCAACGUGUAUUGGUUAUGGUGCGUGCGUCAGAAACGGAUCGUGUCGCAGAAAUGAAACAGGCAGAGUUGGAACAAACUGCUGAGAUGAAACGUAAGGAGGAAGUUAAACUUUUGGAAGAAUUGGGCAUCUUGCCAAGAGGCACUGAAAAGGAUAGUGCGAGAAAGUUGAAACCAGUGGAAAAGGCAAAUCUUAAAGAGGUCGAUAUUAAUUUAGUCAAAGAGGUCAAACUAAUUACAGAUGUGAAAGAGAAAGUUGUGGAUCCAGUGAAAGGAACCAUACCAAUAUCAGAAAUACAACAAGUGGACACGCUUGUAGAAGUAGACACAUUGGGCAAUGCAGAACAACCGACACAAAAAGAAAGUGAACCGAUAAAAGAAAUGACAGCAGACACACAAAAGGAAGCUAGGAAAAAUGAAGAAGCAGAAAGUCAGACCAAUAUAAAUUACGAAGUAAGAAAGAAACGUACGGAAGAAUUAGAGCGUGUUGCAAAAUUGCAACGCAUAAUAGCGACGGUACGCAAUGCAGAGCCAAAUGGUGUUGCACAGGUAAAACUUGAUGUUGAGGUAGAUAAAACAGGUGAUUUGAAACGUACCGAAGAGAUGCAACUAUUACAAGAGUUGGGUAUUGUGUCAAAAAAGCACGUGACACAGAAAGAGAGUGGGAUUGAUAGACCUGUGGAAAAGUUAAAGGGCCAACCAAACAAUUUAAAUUUAAUUAAACGAAUGAACCCAGUUACAGAUGUAAAACGAGUUGCAGAAGUAAAGGCGGAUGUGACGAAAAGCACAGAGUCAAAUGCAGAACAGUUGCCUGAGAAACUAGCUGAGAUAGAAAUGGAAAAAGUAGUAGGGGCAGAAAGAGAGGCUAAAAUAAAAUGCGCGAAAAUAAUGGAACGUAAGGCACAAGCAGAUCGCGAGGCAAGAAUCAAAAGGAGGGAAGAAUUAGAUCACAUGGCAAAUUUGCAACGUGUUGUAGCGUUGGUAUCUAAUGAAGAGUUCGAUCAUGUUGCAAACAUGAAAGAAGCAGAGUUGAAACAAAUAAAGGAGAAGAAACGCGAAGAAGAUUUAAAAGUUCUAGAGGCAUUAGGCAUUGUGCCAAGAAAGGAAGCCACACAGACGCAAAGCGAAACGAAUUUAAAAACAACAGAUAAAAAGGAGACUAUAACGAAGAUGGAAAAUACAACCGAUGUGAAAUUUAAAAUAGAGAAAGAUGACAUUGAUGUUGGACCUGCAAAUGCAGAUAAAAUGACAGAGCGUAUAGUAGCUAUGGAAACAAUGACAGAAAAAGAAAGAAUGGCUGUGAGGCAAGAUGUCGAAAGACGUAUAGCAGAGCUACGUGUAGCGCAGAUGAAACGCGUAGCAGAGUUAGGAAAAGAGAUGAAACAGUUGACAAUGAUAGACGAAGACUUAAAAUCGCAAGAAAAAACUAAGCAGACGAUCACUAAUGAGUAUAAAAACAAGGACGUUACAGAUGAAUCUGAGCAGAUAAUAAAAACUGAGCAUAAGAACAAUGAUGUUACAAAUGAAUCUAAGCAGAUGAUAGAAACUGAACAUAAAAAUAAGGAUCCUAAAGAGGUUAAACGAAUAGAAGAUAAACAGUUGAAAUAUAGUCUGGCAGAGGCCAAUAGCGAGUAUAUCUCAGAAAUUAGACGUAAGAAGGAUUCCAAGCCUUUAGUAGAUUUAAACUCGGAGAAAGCAAAAGUGAUUAAAUCUGUAAAUGAGGUAAACCGAAAGGAAGAAUUAAAUCUAUUUGCAGAUUUCGAAAUACCAGAGAUAAAACGGGAAAGGGUUGAAUCAGGAGGGAUGAAAAGUGAGAAAGUGUUGAAAUCAACGGCUGUGCCAUCCUUGAUAAAAGUAAAGCCAGCACCAGGGAUGAAAUUAGUGGAGUUGAAACUUUUAAGUGAGAUGAAAGUAUUGGGAAUGGAUCGAGUGAGUCGGCGCGAUUGUGAGUGGGAUGGACAAAUGAUGUAUGUAGGUAGAGAGCGUUUGUAAUAAUUAGUUGUCAUUGUGUCUAGAUUAAGCUACUUAUUAAUAGAGAUUAAAGGUCAAAAAUAGCGUGAAUAGGUUGACUGGUUUAAAUGGCUCU